AUGAACGGCAAGGUCGGCGUCGUCGUCUCCGCAAACGCUUCGACGGGCCGCUUCGGCGUGCGCGUGGCGGGCGAGGCCAAGGCACUCGCACUGAGGCGCGCUAUGCCAGCGGCCAAGGCGGUGGAGGUGGGCAGGCUGGUCCUCAAGGCGGCGGAGUGGUCGCCGCAGUCGCACGAGCUCUUCCCGACAGCGGCUCGCAAGCGGGCGGUCGAGGUGAUGCGGCUGGGCUACCUGAUCGCCUGGGACGAGGAGCGCUUCGACAGCCGCGAGGGAGCGGCUCCAGAGCUGGCGGACAUCUGGCGCGGCUUUGUGCUGCCAAGGGUGGUGGUGCGAUGA